AUAGUCUCACGUUAAUUACAACAUUGCCACUCAUUAAAACCAUACCAUCUAAACCAAAAGCGGUAACCCGUACCGGUUGCUACAAUUUGUAAAGCUUAUGGUCAUGGAGGAGAGGCUCACUGGGGCUGACUCGGUCGGGAAGAAACGAGUCAGAGAAGACGAGUUAGGCCUUGACGUCUCGCCGGAUGUGAAGCGGUUGAGAGACGAUUUGUUUGACGACUCGGAGAACGACCCAACGGUUCAAGAUCUUGACUCAGUCAUGAAGAGUUUCGAAGAUGAGUUGUCGAACAUCACGACGACGGUGCAGCAAGGCUCUGCCGAGACUCAGCCGGAUCUUGGUUAUCUUUCUGAAGCUUCUGACGACGAGCUGGGUUUGCCCCCACCUCCUCCGCAACCGCCGGCGCUUUAUACGGAGGAGACGGUGACGGAGUUGGUACGGGUUUCGUCAGAUUCAUCAGAGGUCGCCGAGUUAUCUGGGUUUGAAAUUGAGGAUCAUGUUACCAUGGAUUUCGGAACUUGCGAUCUUGGUGAUGGGCUUUUCGAAUAUUCCGAUGUUUGUUUAGAUUCCGGCGAUUUGUUUUCAUGGCAGCCGGAGUUUUUACCGGCGGAGUAAUUUCGGAGUCGUUUUUUUAACCGUAGCGAAAUGGUGGCUCGCUUCUUUUUUUUCUUUUCUCUAUUUCAUGUAUUUAGGAUCUGAUAUGUUUUGUUAAGUUUGUAGGAUUAGAAAUAUCAAAUGUUUAGUAGGGUAAAAUGGCUUAGAUAUGUUUAUUUGCUCCCUUUUUCAAGGAUUUGUUCAUCUUUAGUGGACAUCUUCAUGCUUUGUUUAGCUGUUGUUAAUUUAAAAAAAAAAACUUUGAAAGUAUCA